UCUCUCUCUCUCUCUCUCUCUCUCCAUAGCUUCAGCUACUUCAACUUAUAUAAGAAAUUAACUGUUAUAACACACUAGGACACAACACUAAGAGCAAUAGUCACAAAAUGCAGAAGCUGUAUUUUCCUCUCCUCUUUCUAUUUCUUUCUUGUUUCUCUUCUCUGUCUCUUUCAUUUGACCAAAGCCAGCGAUUCAACCAAGCCAACAACUAUGAAGGCUCUUCUGACCUUGUGGACCUUCAAUACCACAUGGGUCCAGUCCUAGCAGCUCCAAUCAACCUCUACAUAAUAUGGUAUGGCCAUUGGAACCCAACCCAUCAAGCCACCAUAAGAGACUUCCUCUAUUCCCUCUCUUCUUCAGCCUCUUUCCCUUCUGUUGCUGACUGGUGGCGAACCGUCCGGUUCUACACUGACCAGACAGGCUCAAACAUCACUGGCAGCAUUGCCCUGUCUGGGGAGUUUUAUGACACAACUUACUCCCAUGGAAGGUACCUCAGUCGCUUAACCAUCCAAUCAAUAAUCAAAACCGCGACCACUUCUUACCCGCGAGCUCUGCCUCUCAAUUACCGCAAUGGCCUGUACUUAGUACUGACCUCGUCCGAUGUUCAGGUCCAGGACUUCUGCAGGGCAGUGUGUGGGUUCCACUACUUCACUUUCCCAGCCAUUGUUGGUGUCACUGUGCCAUAUGCAUGGGUUGGUUAUAGUGGCACUCAGUGCCCGGGCAUGUGUGCUUAUCCAUUUGCGUGGCCAAAGUACUCAGGGAAGCCACCACCAGGCACAAAUGGAGCCAGCAACAUAAUGGGCGCACCAAAUGGGGAUGCUGGUGUCGACGGCAUGAUCAGCGUGAUCGCCCACGAGCUGGCAGAGGUGUCGAGUAACCCACUCGUGAACGCGUGGUACGCGGGGGAUGACCCGACUGCGCCCACCGAGAUAGCUGAUUUGUGUAUGGGUGUGUAUGGGUCCGGCGGGGGUGGUGGGUAUGUGGGUGGAGUGUACAAGGACCACUGGGGAGAUGGGUAUAAUGUUAAUGGAGUGAAGGGGAGGAGGUUCCUUGUGCAAUGGGUGUGGAGUCCUGUAAAGAGAAGAUGCUUUGGUCCCAAUGCAAUGGACUAGUUCAAUACUUGUGCCUUGGACAUCUAAGUAGGCAAGAUGAGAUGCUAAAAGACAUGGCAAUCAAAUGGACAUAAAUGAUCAGUUCAGGGCUCAGAGGAAAUAACCUCCAAACUAUGUAAGUAUUAUGGUUUUUCAGAGAGUUCAUGCUUGGUUUGUUAAAUUUCUAGCUGAUUUCUAUUUUGCAACGAGGGGUUGAAACAUUGAUAGUCAUGCUUGACCAAGCACAAAAUCUAUGUAAAAUUUGAAUCUCUCUGUAUUAGGUGUAAUGAAUCAUAUAAAUUUGGUA